CGAACGGCGUCCCGGGAGGAAAAAAGAGCCCGGAUGUCGGGGCCAGUUCAGAAAGUAGGGACCGAUUUGGGACAUCCUAGUCUCUCAAAAAGAGGUCUCUCGAAGUGACGCAGCCGAAGGGCCGACGCCAAGUGCUCCACCCGCCUCCCCAGCGCCAAGGGGGCGUCUACACCCGCGGGGAUUCACUACCUGAGCCGCCGCGCCCGCCACGCUACUCUGCUCAGACACCCAGCUGCCCGCUCCGCGAGAUGCUCACCGCGCGCAAACUCGGUUUCUAUGUGGAGGCCUGAAUACCACAUCCAGUUGCUCCAAAAACUUAGAUCUCCAUCCAUAAGAGAUUUGGGAGGAUCAUAUUAUUUGCACAUCAGCUCUUCCUGAAGACUCUACAUGACUUCUCCAUGCUCCUUCCCUCUAAAACCCACAAUCCCUCCAAUAAUCCACGAGCCCCAAGACCCCAACAUUUCACCUCCUUUACCCCCAAGUCCCCUGGACUUAGCUUUGCCACCCCUUCCCUGUAGUCUCCAGGCUUCUGUUCCACCCCCCCCCCCACCGCCACCUCCGCCCUCUGCUGUGGAGGUUGUUCCCCCUCAUGUCUACGGCCUGGAGAAGAGCCGGCUCCUGAAGGAGGCCUUGGAGAAGGCUAGCCCAGUCCCCAAAGGCAGAGAAGAUGUGAAGAGGCUUCUGAAGCUACACAAGGACCGGUUUCGAAGUGACUUGCAGUGGAUCCUCUUUUGUGCUGACCUACCAUCCCUCAUCCAAGAAGGCCCUCAGUGUGGACUGGUGGCCUUGUGGAUGGCAGGCACUCUUCUGUCAACUCCUGACAGCGUCUCUCUGCAAAGACUGGUGCAGGUAGCCAUGGAGAGAGGCUACACGGUGCAGGGCGAGAUGUUCUCUGUGGCUGACAUGGCCAAACUGGCCCGGGAGACCUUGGACUGUGAGGCUGAGCUCCUCUGUGGUGGCCUGGGUGGUCCCAACAGAGAUCGGGUCCUGAAGCACCUCAUCACUGGACAUCCCUUGCUCAUCCCCUAUGAUGAGGAUUUCAACCAUGAGCCAUGUCAAAAGAAAGGCCAUAAGGCCCACUGGGCAGUGAGUACAGGGGUCCUGAUAGGUGUGCAGAGUGUGCCAAUCCCUGGCUACAUGGAAGACUCUGAGUUGCCAGGCCUCUUCCACCCAGUGCCUGGGGUACCCAACCAACUACCAUCCUUCCCAGAGGAAAGCUCCCCAGGUGCCAUCUUCCUUCUCUCCAAGCAGGGCAAGAGUUGGCAUUUCCAGCUGUGGGACUACAACCAAGUCCGGGAUAGCAACCUGCAGCUGACAGACUUCUCUCCUGCAAGGGCCUCUGAUGGGCGGGCGUACGUGGUACCUGCUGGUGGGGUGCAGGCUGGCCUCUGUGGCCAGGUCCUGCUGCUUAGACCACAGAGUGGAGUCAUUAGCUGAGGGUGGGGCACCUGCCUUGCCCACAUCUCCAUCACCAUUGGCUGCCUCAGCUUCAUCCCUGUGCAAUGUCUACAGUACAGCUGUAUCUUGAGGA